AGAAAACUGCAGCUGAAGAUUUGGGAGUUGGAGAAGGAGCGUGAAUAAGCAAUCAUGAAAUCUAGAUGAAAGCAUAGAUGAUGAUGAAGGAAAGUCAAAAAUCCAGAAAGAAAAAGAACAAGAAGCACAAGACUCCAAUGAAAAACUGAAAGCUGAGGAAAAGAUCCCAGAGCUGACACUGCAGUAUUAGGUUACAGAAAGAAAAAGCUGAAUUAGCAGCAGUGAUUUAUUCUAUCUAGAAUUAAUUUGACACAUUUUCAGCAAAUGAGACAAUUUCUGCAGCGGAGGAAGUGAGUUUUCAAGGAUUAAAUCACCCAGCUUACCAACCUGAUCAAUCAGAACAGGGGACUGAAGAGGAAUUAAAGUGACUCGCAGCAGUUAGUUCAGAACCUGGAGAAAGAUAAACUUAAAGAUAUAACUGAGAUUGCAAUCAGGGGCGGAUACAGGAUUUAAGUGAGGGGGGUGGUAGAUUUAUUUUGGAACAAAAAUAUCCAGAUUCAGGAACCUAAAGACGCACCGCAGGCGAAAAUUGUUUGUAAAAUAUUUUUUUUUUCUGUUUUGCACUAUGUUUUCUUUCCCUUAAGUGCUAUUGAGGAACUAUUCUGAAAUCUCAGGGGGGAAUACGCCCCCCCCCCUGAAUCCGUCAUGGGGUGCAAAGGUCCUGCCGCCCUCCACCCCUGUAUCUACCCCUGAUUGUAAUACUAAAUGAUGAGUUGAUUACCACAAAGAAGAAUAUAAGACACUCCACUAAAAGUAUGUAAGGUUCUUAAUUUGGUACUCUACCCGAUCUUGAAGUAAAUAUCCUGCUUGUUCUCCAAUUGGCUCUUCUACCAGAUCUUCAAGUAAAUCUUCAACCUGUUUUCGAAGUGUUGGAUCUGACCGUUCUUCUAAAAAGUCUCUCGUUCGUUCUCUGAGUGUAUUCUGUUCAAUGCCCAAUGCUAAUAUUUGUAUCAGUCUGACAAUUUUUUUAGAAUUUUCAUUCUUUAAUUUUUUACAGGACUUAAAAAUUGUUGGUUUAUCCAAUUUUGAUGAAAAUGGCAGAAAAAGAGGCAGAGAAUUCACUUAAUGAGGACGCACGUAACACACAGCCAACAUCAAAUAACAGCUUACAUAGAGACUUGGAACUUGAGAAUCAGGAGUUAAAAAAGAAACUUGAUGAAGCGCUUGAAACUUGUAGGAGCUCUCGAGUUUAUACCAGAGAAAUAGAGUUAGACAAGACAAAAUUAGAAGAGAUACUAAAAGUAAAUAGAUUGGGUGAAGACCAGUUUCUAAUAAGUAUGGAACAGCAGAUGCGUCAAAGAAGAACACAGAACAGGAGGACAAACAGAGGAGGGUUUGAGCUUACAAUUAAAAAGAUGAAAUUUGAAGGAGAAUAUAUUGAAGAUGUGAUUGAGGUUGAAGAAGAUAAAGGUAUCGAUGAAGAACUUAAGAACACAGAAGCUCAUGGAAUCGGUAAAGAAUCUAAAACCCCAGUGGUUAAUCAAACAGAUAAUGACAGCAAUAAUAAAGAGCAGAAAGAGAAAAAUCAACGGGAAGAACAAGACUUAAUUUCAAAGCGGAAAGGAGAGUGGGCUCAAAAAGUAGAAAAAUACCAUAAAAGGAGGCUAGUUCUGGCAGAUAAAGCUGCCAAACAAAGAAUUCGAAGAGCAAAUCAAAAGGAUUUUGUAAAACGUCUUAAAGCAUGUAAAGAAUAGGCAUGUUGAAUUUAAUAAA